AUGGAAAGCGAUGACAGUGGUCAGGAGGUGGGGGGCACCGAUCUCAGACAGGGGUCGGGGCAUGGUGUCGCGACGACUGUGGGCUUCGCCAACCACGAGCGGAGUGGGGCGACGCUCGACAUGGGGUUGGGGCAGGGGGUUGGCAUCGCGCGGGGGCAGACGGGGGCGCGGGGGCGGGGGCAGGAGAGCGAGCGUGGGCGGUGGCAGGCGGGGUUUAGAGCGGUGGCACGGAGGAGGGACGCGAGAGGCGACGCGUGCGGCGAGCAAGCGGCGGCGUGCGGCGAGCAAGCGACUACGCCGUGGAGUGCGACCUACAGCCUGCAGCCUCCAGGAGUAAAGUUCAUAAGAGGAAGAGGAAUGGGUAAAGAAACAGAGGUCAAUGAAUAUGAACUACAGAGGGCUGCCAACAUAAGAGAAAAUAUGAAGAGGAUGAGAUCUCUUAAUCUCCCUGUACCUAGUACUAUGGUUAAUGAAGCAAAUGGAUCACAUCGAGCCAGCAAGAAACACAAGACAAGGAAAUUAGCAUAUUCAACUAAUGGUCCUACUUUGCGAUCAAGGACUCAAAGGGAUAUUGUUGACGAUAACCAUGAGGAUAGUACUUCUGAAAAUAGUUAUGGAGAAUCUAAAUAUCCCAUCAAUGAUGAAGAGCAACCUACUGGGCAUCAUAAUAUAAGGAAAGGAAGGGGCCCAACCUUGAAGAAGAACAUAUAUUCAAAUAGUGGAACUUUGGUGAGGAAAAAUAUCCCGGUUUCUUCUGAGGAUUGGAGACUAGUUGAUUCUAAAAAGAAGUUCGAGUUAUGGACAAAAGUGAAGGAAUACUAUGAGUUGGAUGAAUCUGGUAUAGAUUAUGUUAUAACAUCUGCAGCAAAAAAGUGGAGAGAGUUUAAGGCUGACCUAAAGAUGAAAUACUUUGAUGAAACAUUGAGUUUUGAAGAGCUUAUUGCUAAAAGGGAUCAAAGGGUGAAAGAAUCUGAUUGGGAGUGGUUGAUAACUUAUUGGAUGUCUCCAGAAGCUGAAGUUCGUACAAACAGAGGUAAAGAUAACCGUUCAAAGUUGACUAUGUCACAUGCAGCUGGCAGCAAAAGUUAUGCUCGUGUGGGGCAUGAACUGGCCGAACAACAAGGACGUCCUGCGAGAAGAGAUGAAAUAUAUGUUAAAACACACACGCGUAAGAACAAAGAAGGGGAUAUUGUACCUCUACCUGGAGCAGAAAUAUUUAUUAAUAAAUUUGAAGAAGUUCUUGCUGCGAAGCCAGAAUUGAAGGAUAGAAGUAUUCAAGAUGGUGAUUUAUAUGCACAUGUUUUUGGAGAGAAAGAACCAAGAGGUCGUAUUCGUGGUUUAGGCUUAGGACCAACUCCACAAGAUGUAGGCACCCCUGGAACUCAAAUGAAAAUAUCAACAAAGCUUCAAAUGGCGUUGCAAGCUCGCAAUCAUUCUGAGUAAGAGGUUAGAGCCUUAAGACAGGAUAUGAAUCAGAUGAAAGAUAAAAUGGAUCAAAUUUGUCAAAUGCUGGUAGCAUCUCAAGGGGUGCAACAUAUAGAAAGCCCAUCACAACAUGGGUCUAAUUCUUGACAGAACUUAAGGGUGCAUCGUUCAGAUGAGGUGGCACAUGAUUACAAUGGUAAUGACCAUUCACAAAAUAUGGUUCAAGAUGACUUGCAACUUACUAGGCGAGUUGCAAGCACUGUGGGUCGUCCAAGGAAUCGUGAAGAUGUUAAUACUAUUGAAGAGCAAAGUCGCAGGCGAGACAUUGCAACAAUGGUUGGUAAAGAAGUGAUAUUAUAUUCUAUGAUGAGAUCUGAAGUUCCUGUUGCAAUAGCAAAUAUUAUCUCAACCGACCCAACCACUAAGGUGGGAGAUGUUCCUCUUGGAAGGGAGUUCACACAAGUUUUUGUGACUCGCGUGCUAAAAAGGGAAAGUACUCUGCCACGACCAUACUUAGGUGUAGAGAGUAUGGGGGAUGCUCUUUUUAUGCCCGUUGCAUGGCCAACAAACAAGAUGAGUCGUAACAAACAAUCAACGUUGAUCCAAGGUUCUACAGCAGCAGGUAAAUAUUUUCUUCAUAUAUAGUUGUGUAUAAGUGUAGAGUUGGAUUAAAAAUAGACCUCUCUCUGCUUAUCCAUAUAUCUGUAAGACAUUGGGCAAAUGUGCAAUUUGAGUAAUGGGCUCACAGCAGGAUUCAUUUGUCA